AAGGAUCUUUGCCAUAGAUGGGAGUAGAAAGGGGAAGUGGAAAGGCUCUGAAGAAGAUGUUGAAGAGAUGUUCGAGUUUGGGGAAGAAGAGUGACGUUGACGUUAGCUUUAGCGGCGUCCCCAAAGGUCACUUCGUCGUAUACGUUGGUCAUUCCAGAUCCCGACACGUCAUCCCCAUCUCCUUCCUCACGCACCCCAUCUUCCAGAUGUUGCUGCAACAGUCUGAGGAAGAGUUUGGGUUCUUCCAAGACAAUGGACUAACCAUCCCUUGUGAUGAGCAAUUCUUUCGAUCACUUAUUUCCUCCAUUAAUCCUUGAAGAAGAGAGCAUGGCUAUAUAUGUGCCUAGCUACUUGUGUAUAUCGUCAUAUAUUUUCGUCCUAGAUUAGUUCUCUCAUGUAUUCAUAUUGCAUGAUGUCCUUUGAGAGUUGUAGAGUUCACGUUACGUAAGUACUUUUGUUUAUUUAACCUCAUUUUCUCGGAUGAUU